AUGGCUUCAAAUGGAGCCCUCCCGCAGUCUCUGAAGUCAAUCACAGCUACGAAAAUCAAGGAGCUUGCCAAGCAGCGCGCGUUGUUUGAUUUGCGAAAGGCCGAGAUUAUUGAAGCUGCCAACGCAGCCCCUGAUCUGCGCACUCGUGCUCAGGUUCUGCUGGAUGGUACAUCACGGUUGAAAGGAUACCCCAAAGAUUUGGUCGACAAAAAUGACACGACCCUAGACGCAGCUUCCUCAGAUGAGGACGUAGGAGAUACCCUGACUUGCAGAGGAGUUGGUCGGCUGGAGCGAGGGGAUCAUAGCAAUAUCCGCCGCUUCCUUCUCCAAAGCCGGCACGAUCCUUCUGUCUCCCAGGCAGCUCUUCGAGAUCGGAUCGCCCAGCUUGAAAAAGAGCUGCGGUAUCUCGAGAUCAAACAUGAGCAUAGUGCCUUCUAUAGCAAGCUGGUUACAGAGUGGUUGUCAGAGUUGGAUGGGGGUAUUGCCUCCUCUCCGAAUGUGGAGGAUGAAACUACCUCUAUAGAUUCCCAUUCCAGCUUCGAAAACGUUGGGCGAGCGGAGAUGCAUGAGCAGGGCGCUAUCUGGGAAUCCAUGGUCUUCACCCCUGCUACACAUGUCAACGAGUCCGAUAUCCAGUCCUACCUGAGUGAUCUUUUCACCCAGACCAAGCUCUCUCAGCACGCGCUCACGGAUCUCCGAUCAAGCAUUCAAUCGUUUGGAACGAAUCUAGCCUCACAGGGAGACUGGUUUGACGUGAACAGCCUCAAGUGGGUUUCCAGCGCACUGCAGAAGACUGACCUGCUCAGCGGCGAGAAAACAGCCAUUCUAAAGGAGUUCAUGCGGAACAAUGAGGUCGCCCAGGAAGUGGCGGAUGUGCUCAACCUGCGCAUUUCCUCGCUCGAAAGUUGGUCGUGGACAGGAGGCGAGGAUGGAAUUAAUAUUAACAUGCGGCGUCAUCUCAACGGCAAAUAUCGAGUUUACAUGGACGAGGACCUCCUUGAUGCGCUUUUACUGCAGUACAUCGGGACAAAGUGGGCUGUGCAACUGCGCAAUACAUUUGAGGCAUUCCUGCAUUCCAAUGCCUGGAAACCUUUGCGUGAGGAUAUUCCUGAAGCCCACAAAGAUCUACGCAAGUACUUCCUCGGUCAGCGAGCGAACUCAAACUCUGGUAUGAUCAAUCGAGUCCGAUCGGAAACAUACGGCAGCCAAUAUUUCAUGAGUCAACUGCCCUUAUCAACAGAGGAAGGCGCUCGGGAAUAUGAUGAAGCAGAAACGGAUUCGAACACCGUCCUGGGAACUAAGUACUCUCUCCUUCACCUGCUUAUUACAGAAUCCAUCAUCCAUAAGCACCAGCGCGGGGAGUUUACUGCCAUUCAGUCCGACUUUGAGUGGUUCGGCCCGUCAAUGCCCCAUGCCACCUUACUCACUGUGAUGAAAUUCUUUGGAGUGUCUGAGCUUUGGCUCAAUUUCUUCAGGACGUUCCUGGAGGCCCCACUCAAAUUCGCCCAUCAUGGUCCUGAUGCCUCUGUCCAAGUUCGCAAGCGUGGUAUUCCGAUGAGCCAUACACUUGGUGACUGCCUCGGAGAGUGUGUUCUCUUCUGCAUGGAUUAUGCGGUGAACCAAGCCACAGACGGCUGUUUCCUUUACCGACUCCACGAUGACUUCUGGUUUUGGGGAGCCGAGGCCACAUGCGUCAAAGCAUGGGAGGCAAUGGAAAAGUUCACUCAGGCGAUGGGCCUCAAUUUCAACAAGGAGAAGACUGGAACUGUUCAAAUGGGUCGGACCAACGAUCAAAAAGAGUCUAUCCUUCCCACCGGUGAUAUUCGCUGGGGCCUCCUGAUUUUGGAUGCAAAGCAAGAGAGAUUCGUCAUCAACCAGGGCCUGAUUGACCAGCACAUCGAAGAGCUUUCACGCCAGCUUUCGUCUUGCCAGAGUGUGUUUGCUUGGGUACAAGCGUGGAACAGCUACUUCGGUCGCUUUUUCACCAACAACUUCGCCAAACCAGCCGUCUGCUUCGGUCGAGACCACAUCGACAUGGCCAUCUCUACCUUGAGCCGCAUUGAUCGCACACUAUUCAACAAAACAUCUAACAGCGGAAGUUCAUCCGAUCACAGCGGCGUUACCGACUACCUCCGCACUGUGAUUGCAGAGCGAUUCGAUAUCCACGGCCUGCCAGACGGAUUCUUCUAUUACCCCGUCGAGCUUGGUGGCCUGGGCCUUCUCAAUCCUUUCAUUGGGCUUCUUGCUAUGCGCGAGAACAUCAAACGAACGCCAGGGGGACUUUUGCGCCAGGCCGCCUUGAUCGAGGAGAAGAAUUACGAAGCAGCCAAAGAGAAGUUCAAGAAGGAUGGCUCUGACCUCCCUGUCUCGUUCUUGAGCAAAUGGGGCAUCGACAUAAAGCCCUUCAUGUCCCUGGAAGAAUACACUCGAUACCCAGAGACGUUUAGCUCCGCUCUUUUGGACGUGUAUCGGGGGUUGACCGAAGUGCCGAGCGAAACUAGCGUGUCUCGGACCUUUGGAUUCUUGAAAGAGCAGAAUAUGUUCGCAGUCAACGGCAUCGCUGCUGAAAGCGCCAUUUCUAAUGACUGGAAUAAGAUGACGCCCUACUGGCGAUGGGUGGCGGAGUUGUACUACGAAGAGAUCGUUCGUACCUAUGGUAGCUUGGCUGCCGUGAAUCGUGAGUUCAUACCCUUGGGUGUUGUGAAGACACUGAGCGAAGGUCGGUUCAGAUGGCAGGGUUGA